AUGAUCUCGUCCGUUAGACUUCAAGCUGGUCACAUGAGCAGUGGACACCCACGGUUAUUUUAUAAUAUCGUUGAUUUAAUUGGUAAAGCAGCAAUUGCACAAAAAAACAGAACAAUUCGAUCGUUUUAUGGCCUUGGUGGUUUCGAACUUGUGGGAUCGUACGCACGUUUCGUCCACGAUACGCGGGUAUGGGUCACAAAAUCAGCAGCUGAUAAAGAAAAGCUGGUAGAUGCAUUUUACUCGUAUAUACCUGCACAAUCAAAAGAAACAGGCAAAUUCAAUAUUCCAACUAGAGCUGGUUUAAAACCAAGUCGUACAAAUAGAAAGGUUACAUUUGCUACAUUAAAUUUACUUUCUUAUUUAGUUGUCGAAAUACCAUCACCCUUUCUUAUUGGUAAGAUGACUACUAAGUCUGGUCAAGAACCAAUCGAACUAUCACGAUUGGCAAAACAGCUAAACAUACUAGCUAAAUCAGAUUAUGUAUCACAGGUGUCACAUGAUAAAAAUAUGAAAAACUCGAUGGAAUCAAACAGUUGUCUAAACUUAGAACAAAACCUGUCAAUUCAAUUCAAGGUUGUACAUAAUUAUAUUGACGCGGAACAAACAAGUUACGAAGAAAUUGCUGGAAUUGUCUCAAAUAAAGAUGAUCCAGUCAAAGAGCUAUUUAUAUUUCCAACUCGUCCCGUGUCAGUUUGGCCGUCUGACAUGAUCUGGCCGAAUAAUUUACCUUAUAUUGCUCUGUUUCGAACACUUCAUGAAAAGGAACACUCAGCAAGUCUUCAAUGGUUAAAUAUGAGUCGUCGAAAGUUCUUUAUUAUUGUUUGCAGUUGUCAAGCAAUUUAUUAUUGGUUACCUGGAUAUAUUAUGCCAGUUUUAAGCGCAUUUUCAUGGCUGUGUAUGUGCAAUACUAAGAAUAUUCUUCUUUCUCAACUUACCGGGUUCAAUGGAUUCGCGAUUAUUGGUGUACUAAUAUUGAACUGGAGAACGAUUAGAGGACUGUUUGGAUCACCAAUUGUGGUACCAUUCUGGGCUCAUGUUAAUAUUCUAGUUGGUUUCGUCUGUGUUUUUUGGAUUCUUAUGCCUAUUGCUUAUUAUACAAAUUUAGCGGGUUUUAAAUAUUUACCAAUUUCAGUUUAUAAUCCUUCUGCUCAAUUCUUUACAGCAGAUGGAAAUUAUUUCACUGAUGGUCCUAGCAGCAGCCGUCGAGUGCCUAUCUCACCCAUAUUUACCUCUUAUAUUGUGUAUGCAUCAUUUGUUGCACUUGGUGUGCACACAAUUCUCUAUCAUGGAAGAGAUAUUAUUCAACAAUUUCGUACAUCGUUAAAGAACCGAGAAAAUGAUAUUCAUUGUACAUUAAUGUCAAAAUAUCCAGAGGCACCAGAAUGGUGGUAUAUAAUUGUUUUUAUUAUUGCAUUUAUUAUCGCUUGUAUUAUUUGCCAUAUUGAUAAUUACAUGCCCUGGUAUUUUUUGUUUUUAACUACAGUAUUUUCUUUUAUAUUUUUACUCCCGAUUGGAAUUGUUCAAGCAAAAACAAAUCUGUAUAUUGAUACUAGUUUUAUUACUAUAAUUGGUGGCAGUUAUCUGGUGAAAGUCAGUCCUAUUGGUACUGUAACGUUGUCAGUAUUUUGCAAUAGGUCUUUAUUUCAAGCACUUGACUUACUUUCUAAUUUGAAACUUGGACAUUACAUGAAAAUUUCACCACGUGCAAUGUUUACUAUACAACUUGUCAUUACUGCUUUAUCUGCUAUUGUUAAAUAUGCCAUAGGCAAUUAUUUAGUUCACAAUAUUCCACAGUUAUGCAGUAGUAAUAGCACUGACUGGUCUUGUCCUGCGAUAGCAAUAGACAUACUGCCAAUCACCUACGCAUCACAAGGAGGUUAG